CGCUACUUCCCUGGAACCGUUGCUGCUUCCAGUGUUUCCUCCUGAAGUCUUUGAUCACUACCCAGUCACCGGGCUUGAAGUGGUGUUGUGGCGCAUCAGCUGGCGUCGGCAGUACGGCUUUCAGAGUGGAUAGCUGAGAGGGAGACUGAAAGACUUAUACAGUAGUUCAACAAAAGCAACCACACUUUCCUCGGUCACAUACUUCAGGAUACUUGCUGCAGAGCUGACCUUCUAGGAAAGAGUUGGCAUUCCCAUGAGCAAUGGAGGAAAUCUAUGCCAAUAUUGACGAUGUCCAAACCCUAAGCUCAAAAUCAUCAACAAUACAAGAAGGUCCCAGGAGACUUCUCAGAGCGUCUGUUCUCGGUCUGGGGCUGCUGAGUGUUUUGCUGCUGGCUGGACUCAUUGGCCUCGCUGUCCACCACCACGACGUGACUGAAGAGAGAGACCGACUGAAGGCCAGCCUCACCGGUGAGGUGUACAGGCUUCAGCGUUUGAUGAACAAGACCAAAACGUGUCCUGAAGGAUGGAGUAAGUUUGGUUGUUCCUGUUAUCUCCUCUCUACUGAGAAAGCUUCUUGGGAACAAAUCAGAGACUGCACAGCCAGCGGAGCGGAUCUGGGGAUCGUAGACAGUUUUGAAGAACAGACUGAGCGUCUCCAGGCCAGCGAUCAGCAGCUGUCCUCCAUGACUGAAGAGAGAGACAGACUGAAGGCCAACCUCACCGAAAAGACCAGAGAGGUGUACAGGCUUCAGAGUUUGUCCAAACAGAGUUACAGCACUUUGUAA